GGAUGGCACUUUCCUGUUCUCGAGCCCGCCCCCGGCGGAGGGGCUCGGCUCCGGGAUCCAAGAUGGAGUCGUUGAGUCGAGCAGGGCAAGAGAUGAGUCUGGCGGCCUUGAAGCGACACGACCCCUAUAUCACCAGCAUCGCAGACCUUACGGGCCAGGUCGCUCUGUACACUUUCUGCCCUAAAGCCAACCAGUGGGAGAAGACUGAUAUAGAAGGGACCCUAUUUGUGUAUCGAAGGUCUGCUUCACCUUACCAUGGUUUCACCAUUGUCAACCGACUGAACAUGCACAACCUGGUCGAACCAGUGAAUAAAGAUUUGGAAUUUCAGCUCCAUGAACCAUUUCUUCUGUAUAGAAAUGCAAGCUUGUCGAUAUACAGUAUCUGGUUUUAUGACAAGAAUGACUGUCACCGCAUAGCAAAACUCAUGGCUGAUGUGGUCAAAGAGGAGACACGGCGAUCCCAGCAGGCUGCUCAAGAGAAACAGAGCCCCAGCCAGGCCAAUGGCUGCAGCGACCAGAGGCCCAUCGACAUCCUGGAGAUGCUUAGCAGAGCCAAGGAUGAGUAUGAGAGGAAUCAGAUGGGCGGCUCAAAUAUCUCCAGCCCUGGGUUACAGCCAAGCACUCAGCUCUCCAAUCUGGGAAGCACCGAGACACUAGAAGAGACACCCUCUGGGUUACAAGAUAAGUCGGCUCCAUCUGGUCACAAACAUCUGACAGUAGAAGAGUUAUUUGGAACCUCUUUGCCAAAGGAGCAACCAACAGUUGUGGGUCUAGAGUCAGAAGACGUGGAGAAGCCGCCCGGAGAUGGAUCGCAGAAGGAGCCCAGCUCAUUCCUCCCCUUUCCCUUUGAGCAGUCAGGGGGAGGGCCACAGUCUGAAAACCUGGGUGUCCAUUCUGUGGCUCACCACACAGUCCAGCCUGAAGUCACCGCCCCGGUGCUCAUCACUCCUGCCUCCAUUGCACAGUCGGGGGAAAAGCACGCCCCAAGCUACACAGUCCCACUGAGCCCUGUCCUCAGUCCUACUCUGCCAGCCGAAGCUCCUACCACACAGGUUCCUCACUUACCUCGGAAUAGCACCAUGAUGCAAGCAGUGAAGACCACACCUAGACAGAAGUCUCCACUCCUGAGCCAGCCAGUUCCUGAGCUAAGCCCCUUCAGACCCCCGGUGAGUCUGUCAGGCACCACUGGCACGUCCCUCCCCAGCGUUGAUCUGCUCCAGAAACUCAGGUUGACCCCACAGCAUGACCAAAUACAGGCCCCGCCGCUUGGAAAAGGUGUCGCGGCACCCAGCUUUCCGUCAGCAGCUGGCCAGCUGGCCACCCCUGAGAGCUUCAUAGAGCCCCCCUCUAAGACGGCAGCAGCAAGAGCAGCAACCUCAGCCUCCCUGAGCAACAUGGUGCUUGCUCCAACCCUUCAGUCUAUGCAGCAAAACCAGGAUCCUGAAAUAUUUGCCCAGUCUAAGGUGUUACCCAGUGCCAUCCCGAUUGCAGGCCCUCCAUUGGUUACUGCAACAACCACAGCAGUAUCUUCUAUCCUGCUGUCCCCCAGUGUGUUCCAGCAAACAGUUCCCAGGUCCAUAGACCUAGAGAGGAAAGCAAGCUCUCCCUCCCCCCUCACUGUUGGAACACCAGAAAAUCAGAGAAAGCCUUCCAUUAUUCUCAGCAAGUCUCAGCUCCAGGACACACUGAUACAUCUAAUAAAGAAUGACUCUAGCUUCCUCAGUACACUUCAUGAAGUCUACCUGCAGGUGUUGACCAAGAAGAAGGACAACCACAACCUAUAACUGGAGCACAGUCAAUGUGAAGGUCGAGGGUGCACCUCAGAAACAAGCAGGCUUCCUCAUGGAACAUCUCAAUAGAAUGUGGAGCUUUGAGAAGCCUGAGUUUGAGCCUUUGAGAGAGCCUUGUUCCUUAAGGCUGUUUUCUAGAGACAUUCUCAGUGAUGAUGGAGGUUUCACUGUGAAGCAUCACCAGCAGACCUUUGUUUGACAAAGACAGCAGAAAAGACCAUUGUGUUGAGUUCCGUGGGGGUGUGGAAUAAGGAGCCUGAUUGUCAGCUUACUUUCCAGGCCUCGGGCGGGGCCACCAGCCUUGUAGCAGAGCCCAGUGGAGUCCAGGCCCUCUCUCCACUGCUGGCCCUAAAGCUCUAAACUGAAUGUCAGCUCCACAAAGUAGCUUCGAGUUCUAAGGAUCGGAAUUAAGUUGGUUCUUUAGAAGGUAUUUGUUCAAGUGAAGUAUGUUUUCUAUGAGCACCCCGCUUGGGCCUUAAACUUCUGGGAUUUCUUUGUGUUUCGUUAAGUGUCCCGGUCCUGCCGUGUGCAGACUCAAGUGAAGCGCGGCUGUUUGGAUAGGCCGGCCUGGGCUCUGGUGGAGGAGGCUGGGAACCUUGAAAACAGAGGCUGGGACUGCCCAGAUCCACAUCCUACCGGAGGCUCUGCUCUUAAUAAACUCUCCAGUGCUUUGGAAGUGUCAAGUUUGUGUGUGAAGCACAGCCUUAUUUUUCUUUUCUGUCUAAACAGUUAAAGUUCUUGUUGAUUGUUUUUCUUAACACUUUGACAAAAGGACCAGUGGACCAAUCUGACAAAGCCAUUCUGGUUCCAUUCCUCAGAUGUGCUGAGAGCAGUUUUCAAGCUAUGCAGAAAAGGGGGCCGUCCUCACACUGCUCUUCCUUCGUUGUAGACUAUGGAGUCAAAGUGGGAGACGCAGAACCUCACCAGUAUAUUCCUAGGCUGUGAGCUCUUGAGCCGCAGUGUGAAACUGUAAAGAUGCUUUGUGAUGCUGCUAUUGAUCUGCCAUGGUUUCUAUUUAUUCUUUUAUGGCAUGUAAUGGUGUUUAGUAAUAUUUUAAUGUAGAAUUUGAUGAUUUCAGCAAUAGUAAUUUUGAGAUAUUCUUUGAAUGAAAAGUGUCUUUGUUUCUAUGAUACAGGUCAUUUUGUAGUAUUUAACCAAUUAAGAUGCACUGCUUACUUUUCUGAGCACUAUUUAGUGAUGGGUAGGAACCCAGUUGGCUCAGCCAGCUAAUGUAAGGACUCUCUGUGACUGUGCUGACAGAUGCGGCAGUCCCAAGGGAAUAGUCACUUAAGCUUUAAUGGGAACUCAAUCAAAGGCUCAUCCAUUUCUUUCUAGCUGAAAUUUUAGAGAAUUACUUGUUAACUACUUAUUUUAGUUUGGUCUUAGUUUUUUAGGCUAAAGAAUACUUGGAUUGGCUCAUGCUGAUCUCAACAUGCUUCCUGGACAAUGUUUCUGCUUCUCAGUUCAGAGUCUUCUCUCUCUUGCUGUCUACCUAGUUAUAUGUGAAGUGUGCAGAAUUCAGGGAAGCCUAGACUUCUCAUGCUCAGUUAGGGAUAGUUUGUUUUCAUGAUAGUGUGUAAAUUUAGUAACCAAAAAUUAAUUGUUGAUGCGUCAUCUAAGGAAGGUAGAAUUGUAGUGAGCAGAUCUGUUGCCGACAGUAGGAACCACCAGACUGUUCUCCUAAAGUGGACACUACUGUAGGUCUGGUCACCCCGUGCGUGGUCUCAGUGAACAUCAGCAAACAGAUGAAUCAAAGCAUUCUUCUUCCAGUAGGUGUUUGAGCUUAGCUGAUGCUUUUGAGUGUGUGUGAUAUUCUGGGAGGGUGAAGAUGGGUACCCUGAAGAGUGUCUGCAGUCGGAUCUGUUGCUUCUCACCCUAGUCCUAGGAAUGACUGACAGAAGUGCAGCAGAAUCUCCUGGAAGGCUUCCUCAGUGUAAACACAGACUUCUAAGUGCCGAAGUGAUGGAGACUUGAACAGGGGAAACCUGUUUCAACUCCCAGAUUUAUAUAUUCCAAGCAUUUACUUCAGAUUCAGAAGCCAGAAGUUCCAGAUCAUGAUUACUAGGAAGUCAGGCCAAGCUUGGCUAGUUGCAGCUGGAUGAGCCUGGCCUCACAAUCGGCUCCAUUGCCUUAUUCCUCGUUCAGGCAUACGAUCGAGAACCUCUGCUAGCGGAGCUUGCCUGUUUACAGUGUCUUUGCUGGAACCUUAGCUGAACUGAAAGGGACAUUGGAGUUGCUUCUUGCUAGGUUGGCAGAGCCCAGGAGACUGCAUUUAGGCCACUCUGUCCACCUGUGUACACAUCCCAUUCCCUCACCCCUGUGGUCAAAGGAUCUGGGACGAGCAGCCAAGAGUUUGGAGUACCGUGUGUCUGGAGUGUCACCAGUGAGUGACACUGCUCUUCUUUUCGUUGUAGUUAAUGUUACGUCUUUGAAUGGAUGCACACCCCAGCCGACCCCCAUCCCUCUCAGAUUGCCUUGUUCCCAGUUGUACACCUCUCCUGGGCCUCGUGACACUUGCCACUUGAUCUACUUGACUCUGAGUGCCGUCAGGAUCGGGAGAGGCAUCCCCUGCAGUCUCCAUAUGGGCUGUCCACAGUUGGCCCUGGACAGUGGUGUUUCUUUCUUUCAAGGCCUUGGCCUAGGCAUGGCAUAGAUACCAGUGACCAUAGUUUGCAUGCGCGAGCAUUCGUUGUGUCUGUGGCCUGAAUCUUCUUGUGGGGAUUAUAAAGCCGUUGACUCCACUAGUCAGUAGUCUUUGGAAACCAUGCAGCUGUAUUGCUCUCUUCUCCCAAAGAAUGCUUGAAGUGUUCUCCUUUCUGUAGUGGGAGCAGUAACUGCCAUUGUAAUACUAACAAUGCAAUGUGAAACUGAAGGGGCCUAAUGCUUACAAAGCAGAGUUAGCCAUCACUCUGGAACUUGGAGGGAAGAGAAGGGCACAGCAGGACCCUGUGCGGGACAAGGACUGAGGCUCAUGGCCUGAGUCCUGUGCCCUUGCGGCACAUCCUCUGUGGGCCAUGUGUGUUUCUUCUUGCCUGCCUUUGGUUUUCUUCAGUUGUGUUCAGAGUUCCUUCUAGAACUCACAGUGCCCUGUUUUCAAGAAUCCAGAGUGUUGGGGUCUGAGCAGAGCACCUUACAGUGGACUUCAAAGGCCACGCUUGAGAGCGUUUCCAUGAGCAGCCAGGGCCUCAAGCAGCCUGUUGGGUUUUUGGUUUGAGGUUGUUUUGGUUUUUUUCUUCGAGUUUCAGCAGGAGAGAUGCAAUGUUUCACGUGGAUUCAGAUCUGACAUCAUUCUUUAAAAUGCUGCAUUGCAAUAUUGAUCACUUCAAAGUGGGAAAAAUGCAGAGUUGUGUUUCCCUUUGAGCUGUGAAUCCUGAAGAAGCGUGUUGGUGUCCGUGCUGUGAGUGGUCUCUCCUCGUACUGCUUUGGCCGUGUGGCUCUCAUGACUUCAUUGUACCAGCUUCUCAGCUUCUCCGCGGAGACGAGAAGCCCGCACCACCAUGAAGCUUUUGUUCCAUGAGCGCAAUGCCGCCUCGUUCACCUUUUUAGUGGUGUGGAUUUUAGACCAUCUGUGUAUGUUUGCAAAUAUUAAGUUAUUACAUGUUUUAAAAUGAGCAUUUUUCAUCCUAAAUUUUAUAUGUUUGCAAAUAUAUUUUUUUAAUAAAAUUUCAAAACCAA